AUGCCUAAGGAACCAACCCUGAUACUGUGGGCGGCAUUGCUUAGUGCUUGUAGGACCCAUUCAAAUGUUAAACUUGGAGAACAUACUGCAAAGCGAUUGUCAGAAUUGGAAUACGAGAAUGAUGGGUCUUUGCUUUCAAACAUAUACGCCAAUGCCAAAAGUUGGAAAGAUGUGGCCAGAAUCAGAUCUCUAAUAAAACAUACAGGGAUCAGGAAAAAUGCCAGGCUGCAGUUGGGUCCAAGGAAAGAAAGGCACCUCAACAUUCUUUGUGAGAGCCAGACCCUAAUUCAACGCAUCAAAACCAUGGUGUAUAUUCCUAAGACGAGCUAUGCUCUUCAUAAUGUUGACAAUGAGGAGAAUGGUGACCUUUUUGAACACACUGAGAAGUUGACGCUUGCCUAUGAAAUCCUAACAUCACCAGAAGCACCUAUCCGAAUCACAAAGGCAAAGGCAACCUAG